AUGAGCAAAUUCGUCCUGUUUUCGUCAGACAUCUUCCGCUACACGAUUGAGUCACUUUCAUUGGAGGCUUCCUACAACAAAAGGCCGUUCACACCAGCGGAACAGACUGGCGUCACACCUCAGGGCUCCGUCGCACAAUCGUGGAAACCGGGCCCUUCGGUUAACCAAGACUGGAAAGCACCGGAACCAUGGAAGCAGCCUUACGGUACGAAUAAGGAGCAGCAGGCCUCCAUAUUGCAUCACAAGCAAGCAUUAACUUCAGAGGGCAGUUUCCGCUUCGAGUACGCUUCAGACAACGGACUGGCGGCCGGUGAAGUGAUAGAACCCGAUGGCUCGAGGGUGGGCGCCUACCAGUACAAGGACCCGAAUGGUCAGCUCGUGAAACUGAAGUAUCGUGCGGGAAAGGAAGGCUUCCAGACAAUUACUAUAAGAACGCAUACGAGCAACAGAAACGGCAGUACCAGGCCCAACAGGAGUACAACCAUCAGAAGACUGAAACCGAUCAACAGUGGACACAAGGACAGAAUCAGGUAA